ACGAAAAUUGCGGAAGAUACGGAAGAUGGAAAAGAAAAUACAGAAAUACAAAGAAGCCUUGACUGCCACUGAUCCAGAAACGCUAUCAAUUUUGGAACAAGAUAGUGUGGAUGAAAAUUUCAAUAAGUCAGAAGAAGUUAAUGCUCAUAGUGACAAACCAGAAGACACCCAAGAACACAGUCAAGAACAUGAAGAAGAGGAAGUUGACAUUGAGACAGAGGAAGACCUACCUCAAGACAUACUAGCUGCCCUCGGAGAAGGAGGACAAGAUGACAAUGCCAACUAUGGAGCUGAAAUAAAACCAGAGAUUGUUAAGAUAAUCAAUACUAUACUAACAGACGGAAUGAAUAAAGAAAUGCAUGAAUCCUUAUCAAAAACUAAGAUCCCAAGAAACAUCAAACUGUUAGUUCCCCCAAGACUAAAUACAGAAUUUGCAGGUUUACUCAACAACUCCAUGACUAAUAGAGACAACUUACUGAAGGAUAGGCAGCAAGACCUGGGCAGAGCAAUUGCUUUAAUUACUGAAACAAUUAAUGAUCUAACCAAGAAAGAUUUUGACAAAUUGCAGGCAAUAAAGUCCCUGAGUGACAGCAUAAGAUUACUCAGUAACCUGCAUUACAAUUACACUCAAAUUCGCAGAAAAAUGAUUGCACCAUUUAUGGAUAAGUCAUUGACACAAAACCUAAGUGAAAACAAGAGGUCUGAGUUUUUAUAUUCUAAACUAGAGGAAUCAGUAAAAACAUCUUCUUCAUUGCAGAACUUCACGCACAAUCAACAUUCUAAAACCCAAAAACACACCAAAAAACUAUCAGAAUCCCAGGCGGCAAACCGCCCCAAACCAGUACACGCCCAGAACAAACAACAUAAAUUACAAACCAAGACCAUACCAAAGCAAUCAGGCUUCAAACUACAAGCCUCAGCGCAACAACAACAAGUGAGGUCAACCCGCCGACCAACAACAUCCCAUCAUCGAGGAGGUCGUGCGAGGUACCCAUAA